UUAUCUAUUUAAUUUUGUCCCAUUUGGCCAUUGUCAAUCUGUCAAGCUCAUCCAGAGAAUGCCAAGAGUGUGCAAAGCAGUAAUCAGAGCAAAAGGGUGGCUAUUUUGAAGAAACUAGAAUAUACAACAUGUUUUCAGUUAUUUCACCUUUUUUUGUUAAGUACAUAACUCCACAUUCACAGUUUUGAUGCCUUCAGUGACAAUCUACAAUGUAAAUAGUCAUGAAAAUGAAGAAAGCGCAUUGAAUAAGAAGGUGGCCUGUACUGGAUAUGUUCUGUUGAACCACUAGCGGCAACCUAAGUUAGCUGGUGGUGUUCUCGUUUUUUAAUUGUUUUGAAAAAUGUAACAGAGCAAGUUGCAAACAGUAAAAAAAAAGUAAAAAAUAAUAGAAAAAAAUAUGUAAUAAAAAGACAAAAAAUUGUGUAUCCACACGUUUGCUUGAGUUGACUUUAUUCUUCACAGUUUUCUCCAAACAAAACAGCAUGAGGCUUUAACCAAAGGUUGUGCAACGUCAGUGUCAAUCAUUACUCGGCACAAAGCCGCCGGAUGAAGCGGUAGAAAUGUAACCAAACACGUACAAAGCUAUUCAUUCAACUAUCCAUCGAAUGGCCCUCCGUAAUCCAUCACUUACUGAGAACACGCUGAUGGUCAUGGCAAACUUUGACACCGGAAAAAAACUUCCAAAAAAAAAGUGUUUCCAAUGUGACUGAAUAACUGGACACCUUUCUGAGACAUCCGUCACACCCCAUUUCAUCCACCUCUCAACCUUGGUCAGAGGGGACGCUGGAGGUAUAAAAGGCCAAGUCCAUUGUGGGAGGAGGACGGGCAGCAAAAUGAGGAGGAGAAGCAAGUUGGAUACACAGUAAUGACUAAGGAGUGAGUAAGAAGCAAGAAAGAAAAAAAGAGUAGCAUACUCUCUUACCUUCUCCGCAUCACGGGACCUCUUCCCUGCACAAAUGGAGCGACGACGUGGAUACGCACACAUUUGGCUCCUGGGGCCAAUAUCGCUGAUUGUUUUCAUCCUCGGGGCAAAUGGAGUGGAGAUUCCAGAGCAGCAAAGAAAUUCAGGAUCUAACGCCAGUGAGCACGGCCACGCUCCCAGCAUCACCGGGAUACCCGUGGUGUCCUUUAAGUGGCAUCAUGUGGAGCCACCUUACCUCGUUGCCUUAUGGGUAUUGGUGGCAUUUUUGUCCAAACUAGUCAUCGAGGCCAACCAUCACGUGACCAACAUCAUCCCAGAGAGCGCCCUGCUCAUCUGCUUCGGCUUCAUCCUGGGCGGCAUCAUCUGGGGCGCAGACAAGGUGCAGACCUUCAAGCUGACCCCGACCGUCUUCUUCUUCUACUUGCUGCCCCAAAUCAUCCUGGAUGCGGGCUACUUCAUGCCCAACAAGCUGUUCUUCAGCAACAUGGGCACCAUUCUGGUCUACGCCAUCAUCGGGACCUGCUGGAACGCUGCCAGCCUGGGGCUGUCGCUGUGGGGCUGUCACAUGGGAGGAGCCAUGGGUGACCUGGACAUCGGCCUGCUGCAGUAUCUUCUGUUCGGCAGUCUGAUUGCUGCCGUGGACCCGGUAGCGGUCCUCGCCGUGUUUGAGCAGGUCCACGUCAACGAGGUCCUCUUCAUCCUGGUGUUUGGAGAGUCCCUGCUCAACGACGGCGUGACCGUGGUGCUCUUUAAUGUGUUUGAUUCGUUUGUUUCUCUGGGAGGAUCCCAGAUUGAUGCUGUGGAGAUAAUCAAAGGAAUAAUUUCCUUCUUUGUGGUGGCAUUCGGCGGCUCCCUCCUCGGCAUGGUGUUUGGGUUGCUGCUCUCCCUUCUGACCAGGUGCACCAAAAACAUCCAGAUCAUCGAGGCGGGCUUCAUCUUCGUGGUGGGGUACCUCUCCUACCUCACAGCCGAGAUGCUCUCCCUCUCCGCCAUCCUGUCGAUCGUCUUCUGUGGCGUCUCCUGCCAAAAGUACAUCAACGCAAACAUGGACGAAAGGUCCGUCACUACGGUCAGAUACGCCAUGAAGGUGAUCGCCAACGGAUCGGAAACCAUCAUAUUUGUUUUCCUCGGAAUCUCAGCGGUGGAUAAAUCCUUAUGGGUGUGGAACACCGGCUUCAUCCUCCUCACGCUGCUUUUUAUCUUCGUCUACCGCAUCAUAGGUGUGUUUGCACUUACCUGGAUCAUGAACAAGUUCCGCCUCGUCCCGUUGGAGGUCAUCGAUCAGAUCAUUAUGAGCUACGGUGGCCUGCGAGGGGCGGUGGCCUACGGCCUGGCAGUGAUGCUGGACGACAACAAGAUCAAGGAGAAGAACCUGAUGGUCUCCACAACGCUGAUUGUCGUUUAUUUCACUGUCAUUCUUCAGGGGGUGACAAUGAAACCGCUUGUCAAAUGGCUGAAAGUCAAGAGAGCGGCCACCUUGGAAGUCACACUCAUAGAAAAGGUUCAAAACAAGGUCUUCGAUCACAUGCUUGUGGCCAUUGAAGACAUCUCUGGACAAAUUGGACACAACUACAUGAGAGACAAGUGGAGUCAUUUUGAGGAUAGGUGGAUGUCCGGGGUUUUAAUGAAGCCGUCGGCCAGAAAGAACCGCGACUACGUCUUCAAAGUCUUCCACAAGCUGAACCUGAAGGAUGCCAUGAGCUACGUGGCUGAGGGCGAGCGCAAAGGCUCUCUGGAGUUCGUCCGCAACGAAUCCGCUUUUAUUGACUUCAAGAAGAAGUUCGGGGAUAAGUUCUCCGGGGUCAUGCCCGACAUCAUGGCUGACAUGGGGGACGAUCACGGGGCAGUGUCCCCCGUGAGGUUGUGUCCCACCAGGAGAGACCCCGUGCCCUCUGUGAGCCUGGAAAUGCACGAGCAGACCAUGAAAGGCGUGAGGGAGGCGGAGGACAUCAACAGUCACCACCUCCUGCAGCAACACCUGUACAAGGGCAGGAAACAGCACCGGCACAGGUACAGCCGGAGUCAUUUCGAGGUCAACAAAGACGAGAACGAGGUGCAGGAGAUCUUCCAGAGGACCAUGAGGAGCCGUUUGGAGUCUUUCAAGUCUGCAAAGAUGGGCGUGGCGCCGCCAAAGACCAUCAGCAAGCACCAGAAGAAAGAGCAGCAACCUAAGAUGCCAUCAGGGAAAUUAGCAGACAGAAGUAAAAGCUACCAUUCUGGUGAUGAAGAUUUUGAGUUCUCCGAGGGCGACAGUGCAUCUGGCUACGAAGCGUCAGGAGAUUCUCUCCCCAUGAGGGUGCCUUACAGAGUAGGAGCCGGCAUAGAGAAUCCCGCCUUCAUGCCGGAUUUGGACUGGAUGGCGCCGAUGCAGGUCCCGCCGUGGCUGGCGGAGGCCGAGCCGGACAGCAGCAUGGUGGCCCCCUCGCAGAGGGCCCAGGUCAGGCUGCCGUGGACGCCCAGCAACCUGCGGCGCCUCGCCCCGCUACGCAUCAGCACUCGCUCCACGGACUCUUUCAUGCAGGCCGACGCACGGGACCACGAUGAAGAGGACCUUCCCCCGCCAUUAACACCUCCGCCUCCUCCCGACAGACACAUGUAACCAAUGCAGCUGAGAUAGGCUCCAGCACCACCCGCCACCCCAAAAAGGGACAAGCGGUAGAAAAUGGAUGGA